CACUCCUGCAGCUUCAUUGCAGUACCUGCAUGAUUUUCUUUCUCUUUUCCACCAUCGCCCACUUCUCUCUUCUCUAGAACAGAAUUUCUGUCCUUCUUCCUGACCUACCCGCACGGUUCCCUCAAUGGCAACAAUGUCAACACAAACCAAGCCAGCAGGCCCUCCAGUCAUGGCCAGGUCGGCCACUGAGUUGAUUGGAAAUACACCGCUCGUUCGCCUGAACAAUAUACCGCAGAGCUUGGGAAUCGAAGCAGAUGUCUACGCAAAGGUGGAAUUGUUCAAUGCCGGUGGAAGUGUUAAGGACCGCAUUGCACUACGCAUGAUUGAGGAGGCAGAGAAAUCUGGAAGAAUAAAGCCAGGAGACACUCUGAUCGAGCCCACGAGUGGAAACACUGGUAUCGGUCUUGCUCUCGUGGGUGCUAUUAAAGGGUACAAGACGAUCAUCACCCUUCCUGAGAAGAUGUCGCCGGAGAAGGUAGCUGUGCUUCGAGCACUUGGGGCAACAAUCAUUCGCACACCAACACAGGCAGCAUUUGACUCUCCAGAAUCCCACAUUGGUGUUGCACGACGUCUGCAGAAGGAGAUUCCCAAUUCCCAUAUUCUGGACCAGUAUACCAACGAGAACAACCCAUUGGCGCACGAAUACGGAACUGCGGAGGAGAUCUGGAAGCAGACCGAUGGCAAGAUCAAGGCUAUAGUGGCAGGUGCAGGGACUGGCGGAACCAUCACUGGACUUUCUCGAGGAUUGAAGAAGCAUAAUCCGGACAUCAAGGUCAUUGCCGCGGAUCCAUUUGGCUCGAUCUUGGCUUUGCCAGAAAGUCUCAAUCAAGAACAUGCCAAUGAAGCAUACAAGGUGGAGGGCAUUGGGUACGAUUUUAUUCCGGACGUUCUCGACAGAAACUCGGUGGAUAUUUGGUAUAAGACGGAUGACCGGGAAUCCUUUGCCUAUGCCAGAAGGCUCAUUGCUGAAGAAGGUCUGUUGGUUGGUGGCAGCAGUGGAAGUGCAAUUGCUGCAAUGGUCCGAGGUGUAAAAGAUUUGGGCCUUGGAAAGGGUGAUAUGGUAGUUGUCAUCUUGCCUGACAGCAUUAGGAGCUACCUGAGCAAGUUCGCCGAUGAUGAUUGGUUGGCAGCCAACGACCUUCUCCCCCCAACCCCUCCGGCUACCUCACCACCUUCCCCCAUUUUGGACCCAUCGAGGAGAAAUGACCCAUAUCGUGGUGCUACCCUCCGAGCUCUCCGGCUGAAACCUGUUACCACGGUCUUGGUGGAUACUUCUUGUUCCGAGGCCAUCGAGACAAUGCGAGAAAAAGGCUUCGAUCAAUUGCCAGUCCUUGCAUCUGCCGGCGGAAAGCUCGUUGGCCUUAUAACCCUCGGUAACCUUCUGAGCUGGAUCAGUCAAGGGAGAGCAACGGGCAAAUCACCUGUCUCUAAUGUUAUGUUUGACUUCUCCUCCAUCCCAGAAGUCAUCACGGACCCCAGGGAUAUCAGCAACUUGCCACAGCCCCCAAAAACAAAUGGAGUGACUAACGGUAGUCAAGGAAGAGAGCAAAAGACUCCCAAGAGAAAAUUCGUGGAGAUAACCAUGGACACGCCUUUGUAUGCACUGAGCAAAUUCUUCGAGUGGAAUAGUGCUGCUGUUGUUACGGAAAAAGGCUCUAUUGAGCAUGGAGGGCUUCCGAAACCAGUGGCCGUCGUCACCAAGGUUGAUCUGUUGUCGUGGAUGGUCAAGCAGUCUAAAGUAUAAUUUUUUUAUUUACGUAUUUAUGCUUUACGCUUUUUAUGAUUUGUCGAAGGGUUUCGAUGCAAAUUGCGAGGCGUUACGGAAAAGACUUACAGGUAGAUUCAACACUACAGUCCGAAUGAUGGUAGAGAGAUAGAGUGUGCAAGCACUUAACUGCUAAUUACGAACUGAAUUGACUGGCUUUAUGUGCCUUGUCUCUGAGCAAAGUCCCAUCUGCCAGUGAUCAG